AUGAGUUUCCGCCGUCAACCUAUGGAUAGAGUCAACCCCAGAUACGUCCCUCCAAGUCGUCAUACGAUUUUUAUCCGUGGUCUUCCUGGUUCGACAAACGUGGACUCUGUUAAGAAUCACUUUUCAGAAGAGUCAAAGUCGAAGUGUACUGUAGAAUUCUUUUCGACGUCUGAGGACAAAGUCCGGUUUUCCGUUGCUAUUCGGUUUAAGAGUCAUGAAACUGCCAGAGAAAUGCUUGAGAAGUAUAAUGGGAAGGAACUAAUGGGGCAUCCAGUUGAAGUUACUUGGUUUAAAGACUUAAAAAAGGCCAGGGCACGUGGUAUGUCCCAGUUUCUUGUUCACUUAGGUUUAGUUUACGAGGAACAACGUCAUAAUCGGUUCCGCAAUAUUCGAGGGGGGUUUAGAGGCUCUCAUAGAGGAUUCUCCGAUAGGCGAGGUCGUGGCUUCUCACCUAAUCGCACUCGAGAUCGGUCAUACUCUGGAGGUGCUCCUGUUGGGCGAAGAAUAAGCGGUCGUCCAUCCGUUUCUUCGCAUUCUUCUUCAAGAUCGCGUUCUGGUUCCCAAUCAGUCUCCCCCAAAAGGCAUGUUUAUAAGUUUAAUAAUAUUAAUUACUCAUUAUCCUUUAGGAGGCGACUAACCCGUGAAUUGGGGAAUGGUUCUGCUCAGGGUGAAGAAAACUUCACCAGAAUGUCACAGAGAAGGUCGAGAAAGUCUCAAAGCGUAUCAUCCUCUCGUUCAGGUUCUUCCUCACACUCCAUAUCAAACCGUUCAUUGUCUAAUCGAAAUAAGUUAAGCAAUCGUCGCGGAUCUUUUCCCGAUCGUGGUCCUGCUGUCCCGACCUCCAGUCAUGGUCUCAAUUCUCCCAUCAACUCUCGUUCGAGCUUUUCAAAUGCACCAGCUCCCACUGCGACUGUUGAAAAUGAAGGAAGUGGUUUGUUGAGUGGUCUCAUUCAGUUGAAAUCAAAGCGUUUGCAAUCGCAAGCAUCACAACGCCUUGAUUCCUCGUCCCACAGCAAUUCGGCCACUUCUCGUUCCUCCACCAGGUCGCCGUCGCCUAAACGGCGUCAUCAACGGCAAAAACACAACUCUCCUCUCUCAUCUGGUCUCUUUACGAAGGAAUCGAAAAGUCCUUCGCCUGCUAAGGACCUCUUUAUUGAUUGUGCCAUUGGCUUCAAAUCUUCGAUCAAUUUGUUUAGAACUAUGCAACCUACCCUCAGUGGAAACAACUGGCGACCCGUGAGUUACUAUGAGGAACCUCAACAAAAACAGCCCGCUGCUAAUUCUCUUUUUGCUGCCUACGGUGGAAAACCGGCGCCUGGGAGUGGCAAAAUUGUUCUCUCUCCACUUAACUCCGAGAGGAAGGCGGUUGAUAUGGAUAUCGCAAAAAGCAACAGCAAUAGUCCCAGGCACCUUAACGCCAGUCCACCUGCUAUCGAAAAGCCCAAAACUAAAACACAGAAUAAAUCGUGGGAGGAAUUUGUCGAUCAGCACGAGAAGGCCCAUUCAGAUAAAUCACCUGUGGAAAACACAACCUCAGUUAAAGAUAAGUAUGCUCUAAUUCAAGAAAAGAAGGCUGCUAUUGAAGAGUUACCGUGCAAUUUCUCCGUAGCGUUUCCCUCAAUUUUCGAUUUUAGCAAAGACAGUGAAUUGGAGGAACGGUUGUUGCCGUUGUUGAAGAAAAUCUUGCACGAACGCGGCCAACGCUGCAUCGAGGACUUGCGAGCCUACAUAGAAGGCACUGAGGCUGCUGAUAAAUCUGAAACGGCGACGUAA